CCCAAAAUUUCCGCUCAGUAGUGCAAAUUUCCCUCUUCGACACGCGCGCGUAUCCAAGCAGCCUAACGCAACGAGGAUGCCCGGAAGUUCGGAUUUCCUGAAGGACCUCAACCAACCCAAGGUGUACGAGCUGAAGAAGGCCUUCUGCUUGUUCGAUCUGGACGGGGACGGGGUCAUCAGCGAGGAGGACGUGAGGAACACCUUCCUGACGCUCGGGGUGGAAAAGUCCGACGCGGAAAUCAUCAAAAUGUUCGACGGAGUCGUCCAACCCCUCAAGCUGGACGUGUUCCUGCUGCUGGUGCUGCAACGUGCCAACGGGUUGGCCCCGCUGGACGUGAUGGUGAACGCGUUCCGCCACUGGGACAAGGCCGCCACCGGCUUCAUCGACAAGGAAAAGUUCAAGUUCGACAUCAUGACGUACGGCGACCGGUUCACCGAGGACGAGGCGGACCAGGCCCUGGCGGAUGCCGUCGUGUCCCGGGGGCCCCAAACCAACCGGGACGGCCAGCUGGUCGAGCGGAUCGACUACAUGGACUUUGCGGAGAACAUUUCCGGCUUCCAGAAGACGGACCACAAUUGACCUCGGUUCCUGCGAAGAAAAGAAACCAAAGAACCAAAGUUUUGUUAUUUAUUUUUGUUUUUAUUUAAAUAGUUUUUUUUGUGUUUCUCAAGGGUUGCUUCGAUUCCGGGAAGGUUGCGAGUGAAAACGGCUGUUUUUCGGACAAAAGUCAGGGAGGCCACGGGGUUAUGCAGCUUUUGCACUGGGGGGAAAGUCGAGAAAGAACAAAGCAACCCGGUGGAAAUGGGAUAAUCGUAAUUUUCGGGGAUUGGCCAACGGAAAUGGGAAAUUUCAUUCGAUUGUUUGCCGCCGGAAAAGCUGCAACCGAAAAGAACAGACAAACAGGGGAUGCUCUUUGCAGUAGAUUAACGUUAUUGAAGAAACAAUUGAGUGAGCUGUCUGUUUGUCUGUGGCAAAAGUGAGAAUCAGAUUUGGCACGAGUGCGGUCAAGUGUGAAGCAAUAAAGGAAAGUUUUCCCUUUUGA